GCCCGCCCCCCGCGCGUGGCGUCGCCGGAAAGCCGGGAGGAGACAGCGCGCCCCGGCUCCACGGCGCGCGGCCCGCAGUCCUCCGAUCGCGCGGGCAGAGCCGGCGGCGCCGGCCGAGCGCAGAGCCGCACUCCCCGGGGCUCCCUUUGUCUGGGCGCCGCGCGGCCUGGGACCGCGGCUCUCGGGGCCGGGGACGCGCCCGCGGCGGCCCGGUGACAGCGCCUCCCCGCCGGAGGGAGGCUCCGGGACGGAGGGGCGGUUUGCGCCCGGCCCUGCUCGCCCGCGCCGGCACCUCCACGAGCGCGGACCGAUGCCCCCGCAGCAGGGGGACCCCGCGUUCCCCGGCCGCUGCUGCGAGGCGCCGCCGGUGCCUCCGCGCCGGGAGCGCGGGGGGCGCGGGGGGCGCGGGCCGGGGGCGCCGGGGGGCCGGGGGCGCGCGGGCGGCGCCGAGGGCCGCGGCAUCAAGUGCGUGCUGGUCGGCGACGGCGCGGUGGGCAAGACCAGCCUGGUGGUGAGCUACACCACCAACGGGUACCCCACCGAGUACAUCCCCACCGCCUUCGACAACUUCUCGGCUGUGGUGUCCGUGGACGGGCGGCCCGUGAGACUCCAGCUCUGUGACACGGCGGGACAGGACGAGUUCGACAGGCUGCGGCCUCUGUGCUACACCAGCGCGGACAUCUUCCUGCUGUGCUUCAGCGUGGUGAGCCCCUCCUCCUUCCAGAACGUGACCGAGAAGUGGGUGCCCGAGAUCCGGCGCCACUGCCCCAAGGCCCCCGUCAUCCUCGUGGGCACGCAGUCGGACCUCCGGGAGGACGUCAAGGUCCUCAUCGAGCUGGACAAGUGCCAGGAGAAGCCGGUGCCCGAGGAGGCGGCCAGGCUGUGCGCCGAGGGGGUCAAGGCCGCCUCCUACAUCGAGUGCUCGGCCUUGACUCAGAAAAACCUCAAGGAGGUCUUCGACGCGGCCAUCGUGGCCGGCAUCCAGUACUCGGACACGCAGCAGCAGCCGCCGCCGCCGCCCAGGAAACCCAAAAGCAGGACUCCGGACAAAAUGCGAACCCUCUCCAAGUCCUGGUGGAAGAAGUACUGCUGCUUCGUAUGAUGCUGGCGGGCGCCCCGGGAGGACUGCGGGGGGGCGGGGGGGGGGGAGCGAUGCGAGAAGCUUCAUCAGCGGCAAGGACUCCGUGCGUGCGCGCCCUCGAGGAGGCCGCCUCCCUCUGUGUCCCCCUCCCGCCGCUGACUUCCCUCCCGUGUGUCUGAGCUUAGGGAUGAGACUCGUCUGCCUCGCCUUUCGGAAGUAACUGAAGCAGUUGUUCAAGCCUUUUUUGGAAAUGUAGAGCUCUAGCCCAUGGCUUUGAUUUCUAUCUGAUAUUAAAGAGACACCUCGGACCUGGGGGUCGCGAGUGAAA